GUACAGAUGGUGUGGGAACUUCUUCAUAUCAUCUUAUUGUAAAGAUUCACCACCUUCUUUGUUUUGUUCAUCACAGCAGAAGCCCUGCUUUGUACAUAUUAUUUUCUGAUCUUAUAUAAGGAGACAGUCACAGAAGUUUGUUGAAGUCAAACAGCAGUCAAAGGACACAUUGUGAAACCAUGACAAAGAAUAAGAUAUUUGGCUCAAACAACUCAGACUCAAUUCUAUUCUGGAUAGCUACCAUCUACACCUUUUUUCUAUCAAUUGACUGUUCAUGUGAUUCUCCCCCAAGAUUUUCAUAUGCACAGCUGAAAACAGAACACAUGGAUACAAAUAUUUUCCCCACAGAUUCAAUUGUGGGGUACGAAUGUCGGCCUGGAUACUUGAAAAUCCGCUUUAAAAAAAAUUACAUACGGUGUUUGGCUAAUACAACAUGGUCAAAACUAGAUGAAUUCUGCAAAAAGAAACUCUGUAUAUACCCUGGUGAAGCAUUUAAUGGAUAUUUUAAGGAAACAGAUUUUUCUGUUGGAUCAAGGGUAACUUAUUUCUGUGAAAAGGGAUAUACAAUGAUCUCAAAGAUAAAUUACAGAUACUGUCAAGCAGAUGGAAGUUGGAGUAAUUCUAUUCCAGUAUGUGAAGUUGUUACUUGUCCACCUCCAGAAAAUAUACUCGGUGUAAAAUUUUCUCCACAAAAAGAAGAAUAUAUAUACUUGGAGUCUGUGAAGUACCAAUGCAUUGCUCAUAACCUUGAGAUCAUGGGUGAACGUAACGUUUUCUGUACAGAGAAUGGGACCUGGAGCAAUCCUCCUCCUAAAUGCAUAGAUGUUAACUGCCCUAAUCCUGUGGUGCCCAAUUCAAAGAAAUUGUCAGGAUUUAUGGGUCCAUAUAAACUGAAUUAUGCUGUUAGAUUUGAAUGUCACAAAGGUUUGCAAAUGAAAGGAUCAGACACUAUAACAUGUGGUAUUGAUAGUCAGUGGAAGCCACAAAUUCCCAGCUGCCUCCAUGUCAACUGCCCUAAUCCUGUGGUGCCCAAUUCAAAGAAGUUGGCAGCAUUUAUGGGUCCAUAUAAACUAAAUGAUAUUGUUAGAUUUGAAUGUCUUAAAGGUUUUGCAAUGCAAGGAUCUGACACUAUAACAUGCAGCAUUGAUAGUCAGUGGAAACCAGAAAUACCCAGCUGCCUCUAUUUAAACUGUCCAUCUCCACAUGUCCCACAUUCAAAAAUGCUUUCUAAACUAAUCGGUCCAUACUUGCCAAAUUCUACUCUAAGAUUUCAGUGUGUCGAAGGUUUCAGCAUGUAUGGAUCUGACACUGUGAUGUGCAGUUCUGAAGGUGUAUGGGAGCCAUUAUUACCCAGAUGUCUUGAUGUCAACUGCCCUAAUCCUGUGGUGCCCAAUUCAAAGAAGUUGUCAGGAUUUAUUGGUCCAUAUAAACUGAAUUAUGCUGUUAGAUUUGAAUGUCUUGAAGGUUUGCAAAUGAAAGGAUCUGACAUUAUAACAUGUGGUAUUCAUGGUCAGUGGAAACCACAAAUACCCAGUUGCCUCCGAGAAGCCUGUCCAGAGCCUGUAGUGCCUCAUGGCAUCAUAAAGAAGCCAGAAAACAUCUUAACUGUAACUUCUGAAGGAUAUAGUGUGGGACAAAAGGUUAAAAUAGAAUGUGACUUUGAUUUUGGAUUAAACAGACAUCACAUUUUAACCUGUGGAUCAGAUUUACAUUGGUAUCCAAGCAUUUCAGUGUGCCAUCCAAAACAUUUCUGCACUGAACCUAAAGUUUUUCAUGGACAAAUAAAAAAUGGGACACCAGUUUACUUAAUAAAUGGAGUUGAAAAGGGUUAUAAUGUUGGUGAUGUUAUAAAAGUGAAAUGUGAUUACAAACACCAUUUAAAAGGAAAAAACUCUAUAUUUUGUGGAUCUGAUAUGAAGUGGCAUCCUAGAAUUCCUAUCUGUGAGCACAGACUUGGGUGCAGUUAUCCAGAAAUAAAAAAUGGGCUGAUUGUUCUAAGAAAUGGAGAUGCUUAUAAUCCAAAACUGAAUUUUUCCUUCUUUUUGGGCGACACAGUCCGUGUAAAGUGCAGACCAGGUUUUGGAAUGUAUGGAAAUGAAAGCAGUAAAUGUAGUGGAUAUUUUGAAUGGUCACCAGAUCUUCCAGUUUGUGUCCAAGGCAACAAACAUCAAUAAAGAAAUUUUCAGCUAUGUAUUCUGAUAAUGAAGAAGCAAACCAAGUAAACUUAAAUGUCUAUUUUACAGAUCUCUUCACCUAUCUUAACAGGAAAUUACUUAUCACUAAAUCAAGCAAGAUCAGCAUUUCAAUGUAAAAUUAAAUAUGAGUUACAAUAAAUAUUAUUGUUUUUAUAGCAGAAUAAAUAGCUUUGCUUUUGCUUUUCUCUUAUUA